AUGGCCGAACGGGUGGGGGUAGCCUUGGGCGGUGGUGCUGGAGCAUCCAAGCCGGGAGGCUCUCGAGGAGCUCGCGGGCACCGGCUGAUGGUCCCACCUCCGGGAUACAAGUUCAUACCACGCACUGAGCAUGUCUGUCAAGAGAUGGGCUGCUUCGAGUGCUAUGACAUCUAUUGCGAGCGCUGUGAAUCCAAGGAUCGGCGAAUCAUCGAGCUAGAAAUGCGAAACACAGAACUGGUGAAGCAUAUCACCUUGUUGCAGGCCCGCCUUUUCCCUCGCGACGGUCAGGGCCCAGGAGCCCGGCCGAACGCCAGCGGUGCAGGUGCAGGGGCAGGGGGUGAGCCUUUCGCCUAUGUGCAAAGCCCUGUUAUGUACGAUCCUGGAAUGGGCAUUCAGUACCAAGCCACGACGACAUUUAGCGCUGCCGGACCGUCUGGCGGCAAGCCGUAA